AUGAAGAAGAACAAUAGGAACUCUACCACAAGGAUCAAUAAGCAAGAUGCCAUCUCCGUCCCACCCUUCCAAGAUGCAGGAGAUCUUCAAAAUAUGUUGGAUGGAGGAGAGUAUGCCCCUUUUGUAUCUCCUCCCAUAUUAGAGAGCAAUUUUCUCCAGGUUAAUAGGAGAGGUGAAUCCAUUUACCUUCACAACCGAGCCAACUGGGUGACUGUAGGCAUCUGCUCUUCCAGUAGCACCCACAAGACCCCCAAUGUGAUGCUUCUGGCACAUCUGACACCUGAAGCCCAGAAAAAUACAGAACCCCUAUUUCAAAGGCUCCUGACAUCUCCUUCUCCAGAGAACCUGGUGCUCACCAGGUUUCUCCCUCUACAGUUUGUGACUCUUUCUGUGCACGAUGCUGAGAAUAUGCGCCUCAAAGUAAAGCUGGUCAGUGGUCGAGCCUACUACCUGCAGCUCUGUGCCCCUGCAUGUAAACAGGACACCCUAUUUUGUCAAUGGGUGGAACUCAUCUCCCUCUUGAAUCAGGAGAAAGCCAAAGCUUCCAAACUGUCAGAAGUCUCAAGCCUCUCGGAAAUCACCAAUAGCACAGAUAUCACAGGUUCAGUGGACAUCAUGGAUAUUGCAGCAUUUGCAGCCAUACAGACCCCGCACAUGUACACAUGUUCAGACCCUGUACAUGCCAUAGAAAGCAUUGAUUUCUCAGAAUUCACAGAUGUCACCGAUGUCACAGACGUCACAGAUGUUCCAGAAAAUGAGGUCACAGAGGCCCCAGAUAUAAAAAUUGUCACAGAAGUCACAGAAGUCACGGAUGUCUGUGAUGUCCCAAACAACUCGGAGGUUACAGUGGUGUUUGAAAACGAUGACAUACUAAGGGCCAAGCAAGAGGAAAAGGAAAAAAUGGAAAACAUUCUGAAGCCUGGGUGUCUACGAGAUACAAAAAUUAAGAAUGAAUGCAAAGAAUCCUCAAAACAUGUCACCAUCUCAAAUGUAACACUGACUUUCGAAGGUGAACGAUGUUUUCAUUCUACUUUGACUCCAGAAGAAAGUGACAUAAAUUCAUUCAAAAGGAUGAGCAUUACUAGAACAUCUGAAAUAAGGACAACUGAUGUUAGCAACACAGCUCUCAAUGCUGAGGAAUCCAGGAGCAUGAGAACUGAUUCAGGCACUUCAGGUAUGGAACAAAUUCCACUACAUUUCUUUGUGAUCUCUGGAAUAGUGAGAGAUGCAGCUGGAAAGCAAAGCAGGAUCCAGAUUAUGGAAGUCUUGGGUCAUCUAAGGAGUCUGGAUAGUACAGACCUCCUUUUGGCAGUUUCUAAGGAGUCCUGGAGACUUUUUGUGGAUUUCCUUGCACUGCAUACGGGGUGGCCCAGAUUGUGUGACGUGCCUCACAGAACACUGGAGUUGCCACAACGGGAACCAGAUUUUCUUCAGGAGCUGACUGACGGGCAGUCAGGGAGACUAAGGUCAAGGGCUCUCCCGACUACAGCCCGCGUCGGACUAAGUCUCAGGGAAAUCUCACGUCCCCACACGGCUCGGCCGGGCGGCUCAACCUCAAAGCGGUCGCCUCACGCGGACGAGCAAAAAGCAGCUCGCGUUUCACUUAGAGGCGCGCGAGUGCGCGCGACCCACGGCUCGGGGCUGCGGGGCGGACCAACGAGUGGGCCCUCCCUCCACGCCGGCGCGGGAUUGGGCGAACCGCGCCAGCCUCCGGGCCUAGGAGCGGGCGGGGCGCGCCGAGGAGGGAACUGGGAUAGGCGCGCCCGCUGCGCCAGCGUGCCGGGGGCGCGUGCGCGGUCUCGCGGCGGCCGCGGGGGCCGGUCUCGCGCGGUCUCGAGGCGGAGCGGCGGGAGCCGCGGGCUGGCGGCGCAGGGCGUGAGCCCAACCUUUGUCCCCCGGGGGGAACGCUGGCAGGCCCUGCCCGCUCCCUCUGCCUUGGCGUGGGACCACCCUGGCGGGGGUUCCUGCCUGCUCUGCCCUAGACGCCGGAGGCACAGCAGGGAGUCCCCUCUUCUCUGCGCCCCCGGCCCCGAGUUCGCGACUCCUGGGACUCCCCCUAAAGCGGGAAGGGGAGAUCGGCGGGGCGAACACUUUCCUUUAGAAGACGGAAUGUAG